AUUCAGUAUUGGUGGUCUAGUAGUGAUGUAAAGAAUGAAACGGAUGUUUACAAGCUAACAACUCAAGAAAUUUCAAGUGACUUUAUAGCUGGAUUUAUUAUUGUUAAAGAGAGAAGAUUCAGGAGAAAAGCUGAAAAUGUCAAAGCAUUCUGUCUCCAAUAGAAACUAUAAAUGUGAUGUUUGUGGUAAAUCAUUUAGAAACAUAUGUGGUUUAAAUUUGCAUAUUAUGAUUCAUACUGGCGAGAAGCCAUAUACAUGUGAUGUUUGUAGUAAAUCAUUUAACAAUAGUAGUAAUCUACGACGACACAUCAGAACCCAUUCUGGUGAAAAACCCUUUUCUUGUGAUGUUUGUAGUAAAUCAUUUACCAAUAGUAGUUAUCUAAGGACACAUACCAGAAUUCACACGGGAGAAAAAUCCUUUAGUUGUGAUGUUUGUAGUAAAUCAUUCGGGACUAGUAGUCAACUAUAUUCACACACCAGAAUACAUACUGGCGAAAAGCCAUAUAGAUGUGGUGUUUGUAGGAAAUCAUUUAGCCUUCUCAGUAAUUUAAAACGACACGCCAGAACUCACACAGGUGAAAAACCCUUUUCUUGUGAUGUUUGUAGAAAAUCUUUUACCACUAGUACUAGUCUACAACUACACACAAGAAUUCAUACUGGCGAAAAACCCUUUUCUUGUGAUGUUUGUGAUAAAUCAUUUAACAAUAAUAGUCAACUAUAUUCACACACCAGAAUUCAUACUGGUGAAAAACCCUUUUCUUGUGAUGUUUGUAAUAAAUCAUAUUAUCGUAGUACUCAUCUACAGGAACACACCAGGACCCAUACUGGCGAAAAACCUUUUUCUUGUGAUGUUUGUAAAAAAUCAUUUACCACUAGUAGUAGUCUACAUCAACACACCAGAAUUCAUACCGGUGAAAAACCAUUUUCUUGUAACAUUUGUCGGAAAUCUUUUGCCUGUAGUAGUAAUCUACAGGAACACACCAGAAUUCAUACUGGUGAAAAACCCUUUUCUUGUGAUGUUUGUAGUAAAUCAUUUACCUCUAGUGGUAAUUUAAAACGACACACCAAAACUCACACAGGGGAGAGGCCUUUUUCUUGUGACGAUUGUAGUAAAUCAUUUACAGAAAGAAGUUCACUACAUCAACACCUGAAAAUUCAUACUGGCGAAAAACCCUUUUCUUGUGACACUUGUAGUAAAUCUUUUAACACUAGUAGUCAUCUAAAGCGACACACCAGAACUCAUACUGCAGGAAAAACCCCUUUCUUGUGAUGUUUGUAGUAAAUCUUUUACCACUAGUAGUCAUCUACAGCGACACACCAGAACUCAUACUGCAGCAUUCUGUUUAUGAGAAAUAUCUUUGAUCCAAAAACACAAAACUUUGCACAUAUUUGAUACAUAAAAAUUCAAAAGUUUUAUAAAAAAAAAAGGUGAUCAAUUUUGAGUAAAUUCUUAACUUAACCCUUUCAUUGCGUCUACCCGGUAUUACCGGGUAAUAUAAAAUGUCGUUAAAAUGUGCGUACCCGGUAUUACCGUGUACUUAGUAAAGCCCUCGCUAAAAUUAGUACCGUAACUGCAAGUGCCAUCUAUUGUAUUUUCUAUAAACUAAAACACAUUUCCACGUGUUUCAAAGUGGCAAACCGUAAAAUGGCGGAGUGCAUAGUGACAACGUAGAUGAUGCACUCUCGACGAAGUCGUGAAUGACGUCUUGCUGACCAACACGUGAACAAUUUUGAGGCGGGUGAUACACAUAAUUCGUUUCCAGUUACUUGAUAAUGAUAGUAGUCAGGACAGUGAUUGGUAUUAUGAAGUACGUGUGUGAUUUGUUGCGCGACGUUCCGCCUAUGGCUAUGCCUCCCGUGCAUGAUGAACAAGCCCAAUGUGAACACGAUAGCCCUGUGUCUGCAGUAGAUUCUGAUGUUCAUAAUAAUGCUGGCCUGCUGGAUCGUAGAAGACGUGGGCAAUUCCUGAGCCCCGAACGUGUAGAUCUAUUGACUAACUAUAUUGAUAAUGAUAUGGGACUUCGGGAUGAAAGUGAAAGUGAAAACAAGGUAUUGCAAUCCGCACGGGGUCAUGGCAGUGGGAGACGUGAUGCGCGUGUUCGUGGUGGCAUUGUUCAUGGCUGCUAUUAAUAUUUUUGUUCCUUUUAUAUAUGUUUAUCAAAAUCCAGUGAAAAAAUCAAUAUUUCAUAAGUAUUUCAUGGAGAAAAAUUCGUUUUCGUGUUAGCUUUAGUGAGAAAUGAGAAAUCCAAAAUGGCCGUCAUGACAUCAUGUGACUACAUUAUUAUGCAAAUUUCCAAAAUUCUAUUUUUUCCUCUUAGCCCAACCUCAUGCCCAUCCCAACAGACAAAAAGAUUUUUCAUAAAAGCUUCCAUAAGUACUGUUUGGCAUUCAGUUCCAAUCCCCCUUUUUUCCUCAAAAAAGGGUCUAGCACAGGCAGUGGAUUUACGUCUAGCAUUGGAAGGGUUAAGUCUGAGAAUGCUUUGUGAUGUUUGUAAAAAAUCAUUUACACAACUUAGUAGUCUAUGUAAUCAUAAAAGAAUUCAUACUAGAGAAUAAGAUGCUGAAGAAAAUCAUUAUUUUUGUAAUAUAGACAUGUUUAUAUAUUUUUCUAAAACAUUAUAUGGAUGUAUAUAUCUUUGUAAUUAAUAUAGACAUAUGUACACAUAUCUUUGCAAUAGACAUACAGUGGACUCUUGUCAAAUCCGACAAUGAUGUCAGAUUUCACAGAGUGCCGGAGUAUUCCGAGAACGGAUGUGACAGAGUCCACAGUAGACAUAUUUUAUAGUUUUAAAGUAUUUGUUGAUGUAAUAUACCAUAUAUAAUAGUAUAUUUUAUAGUUUUAAAGUACUUGUUGGUGUAAUAUACC